AUGAUGUUCAUGGUCUCACCUGAAGAUGAAGGGACAGAAUGGGUUAAAACAAUAAAACGAGUAAUACUCACUUCAUUGAUCGCCCACAAGUGCCGUUCCAGCACUUGCCAGUUCCCCAACUGGUCUAUCGUUUUGGUGUUUCUUGGCACGCAGGGGAAUUUGCCUAAAUAUUCACAUAACUCCUUAAUGGUCCAAGCAGUAAAGACGAAUAUAACGGACUCGGACAUACACCUGCUCUUCUUUGAUGUGGAGGCAAUAAUUAUACAGCUCCUCACUGAAGAAGCCUCCAGGCCAAAUACCGCACUUAUCUCCCCGGAGAGUUUGCAGAAAGCAUCUGGCAGUUCUGACAAAGGAGGCUCUUUUCUGGCUGGUAAACGAGCAGCCGUACUCUUCCAACAGGUCAAGGAAACCAUCAAAGAGAACAUAAAAGAGCAUCUUCUCGACGACGAUGACGAAGACGAAGAAGCGAUGAGACAAAAGCGCGACGAGAGCGACCCAGAGUACCGCUCUAGCAAAUCUAAACCAUUAACGCUACUAGAGUACAACCUGACCAUGGACACAGCCAAGCUCUUCAUGUCCUGUCUUCACGCCUGGGGCUUGAAUGCGGGACUAGACGAAGUGUGCCUGGACCGCCUUGGGAUGCUUAAGCCGCAUUGUCCGGUGUCUUUUGGCCUGCUCUCCAGAGGUGGCCACAUGUCAUUGAUGCUUCCAGGGUUUAUUCAGUGUGUUAAUAAAGUGACCAGCGAGAGCGUAGGCUUAGAGAGGAAGAUGUCAAUUCGCGAAGGACUUGGAAAGGGCAAUUAUGGCGUGUCACGUGCUGUCACCACUCAACAUCUCUUGUCACUUAUAUCUCUGGCAAACACGUUGAUGAGCAUGACCAAUGCGACCUUCAUCGGAGACCACAUGAAGAAGGCUCCCCAAAGGCCUCCCAGAUCCGGGUCACCUGAAUCAAUGAAGGGAAAGGCAUCCCCGCAAAGCUCCAGCAGCAACCUAAUGCAAGGACAGAUAAAACAAGGAUGGAGCCAGUUGGCAGCUAUGCAUUGUGUUAUGCUGCCCGAUCUACUGGGGCUGGAAAAGUUCAGACCUCCACUACUAGAAAUGCUGGCGAGAAGGUGGCAGGACCGGUGUCUAGAGGUGCGGGAAGCCGCCCAAGCACUGUUACUGGCAGAACUACGAAGGAUCGGGCAGUCGGGACGUAAGGAGACAAUUGAUUUCUGGGCACCGUAUCUACCCCAGUAUGUGGACACCAUCAUGUCACCUGGAGUGACGGCAGAAUCUAUACAGGCUGGCAGCGCUAGUCCCGAUUCCACAGGGACAGAGGUGAAAGUUCAGGAGGAAGAGCACGAUCUCGUGGAUGAUGAUCUUGCAGCAGGUUGUCUUUCCAACCUUCCCCCAGUAAAGAAAAUAUCUACUUCAUAUGAAGAAAGACGGAAGCAAGCUACAGCCAUUGUCCUUCUAGGGGUGAUCGGUGCGGAGUUUGGAGCCGAAAUCGAACCACCCAAACUGUUAACCAGGCCACGCAGCUCCAGUCAGAUUCCUGAGGGGUUUGGACUCACCAGUGGUGGAUGCAAUUACUCGCUUGCUCGGCAUACAUGCAAGGCUUUGACAUUCCUGCUGCUGCAGCCCCCCAGCCCCAAGCUCCCUCCGCACAGCACCAUCCGCAGGACAGCUAUUGAUCUGAUUGGACGAGGCUUUACCGUGUGGGAACCGUACAUGGACGUAUCUGCCGUUUUAAUGGGUCUUCUGGAGCUCUGCGCAGACGCCGAAAAACAGCUCGCCAACAUCACAAUCUCGUUACCCCUGAGCCCGGGAGCUGACUCCGCCCGCUCGGCACGACACGCUCUGUCGCUCAUUGCCACGGCCAGACCACCCGCCUUCAUAACAACGAUUGCUAAGGAGGUGCACAGACACACCGCCAUGGCCGCCAAUACUCAGUCCCAGCAGAAUAUACACACCACUGCUUUGGCUCGAGCGAAAGGAGAAAUACUCAGGGUUAUAGAGAUACUCAUCGAGAAGAUGCCAUCGGAUGUGGUGGAUCUCCUGGUGGAGGUUAUGGACAUUAUAAUGUACUGCCUGGAGGGGUCCUUGCUGAAGAAGAAGGGGCUGCAGGAGUGCUUCCCCUCCAUAUGUCGAUUCUACAUGGUGAGUUACUGCGAGCGCAGCCACAGGAUAGCGGUGGGAGCUCGUCUCGGGACAGUCGCCCUGUACGACAUAAGGACUGGAAAAUGUCAGAAUAUUCACGGCCAUAAAGGACCAAUUACGUCGGUUUCCUUCGCCCCUGAUGGACGCUAUCUCGCUACCUACUCAAACAAAGACAGCCAUAUCUCUUUCUGGCAGAUGAACACGUCCUUGCUGGGAAGCAUCGGGAUGCUGAACUCUGCACCUCAGCUGCGCUGCAUUAAAACCUACCAGGUGCCUCCCGUUCAGCCAGCCUCCCCCGGCUCACUCAACGCCCUGAAACUGGCAAGACUCAUCUGGACUUCCAACCGCAACGUCAUCCUUAUGGCCCACGACGGCAAAGAGCAUCGAUUCAUGGUCUAGGAACUGAACACCUUUACCCACUUUCUGCACACCCCUCAUCUAUAGCAUGAUUACUGCAGUAAUUGUUGUCGUCAUAUCAUUCAUGGGGUAGACUUUUGCUGUGUUGGUGCUGCAUGAUUCCCCAGUAAAUGCCACAGAGCGGGAAUCCAUGCUGGAAACCUCUAAUUCCUCUCUGUGACCCCUGAUAGUAGAAGAGGCUUCACUGUUUAAGUCCAUCUAUAACACUGAUUAUUCUAGAUAUAGUCUGUAUAUAGUGGAGAGUAACUUUGUAACCUUACGUGACAUCAUGUCUUCCACUCCUGACACAACCAGAGCUGCAUUCAGAGUUCUGCCUGUCGCUAUUCGAAUCAGUCGGCCCCUAGUGACUGAGCUGAUCAUCUGUAUUGCACCGCAGUGGAUUCUGGCAGGAGUUCUCUACAUGAGAGAGACACUGAAGCAGCAGCAUAUGUAAGCUCAGCACUAAAGGUGCGCCUGCACAUAAGUCUGAUGAAGCUGCUGAUUUCAGGAGCACCAGCCACCAAUCUUAUUUGUAUGGAGGGGACCUAACCACCAUCGGAGAGGUAGGAUCAGCCAUAUUGGAACUGAACAUGCCCAAUUCUUUGUUUUCAGCAGAGAUAAGCUGAUCUAUCUGACAGCUGUUUGCUCCCCUCUCUGCAUUGAGAAGACAUGCACACUUGGCCAAACUGAGCGUGCAUGUUUAUAGGGAGCAGGAAGAAUAGCUGAACAAGCGCGUGGCCAAGAGCCAUUGAAGGUCGGUGGACCCCUUUAUAAGCCAGAGAUGCUGCUUUGGAUGUGACUGGAGUAUAACACAUGCAAGUUAAGUUUAGCGUCACUCGAUAUCCUAUGUAGAUAAUAUCUAGAUGUAAAUUGUAAGAUGGUGUUUGGCGGUGGUCCUCCACUAAACAUGACAUUUACAAACGUGUGUCCGAUUGUCACAUUCCAUAUAACGCUGCUUGUCGGUUCAAGCAGUUCUGUCUGACCAGAUUGUUUACAUUUACAGUAGUAGCGUGAUAUUGAGGAUUAGUCAUUUCCUCUAAGUAGUCAUUUUCUUUCCCUCCGUCAGAGCUUUGGCUUGUGUCGUAUGUCUUGGGUUUUCUAUUUUCUCUAUGUAUUUUAUUUGCCAUGUGAAAUGUGAGCUUUGUAUUUAGAGUUAUGAUGUAAUUUAAGCGCGUGCGAGCCCAAUUAAAGUAUGACUGUGU